UCGUCCGCGAACUUCUCCGACAACACACGACGCCGUAGUCUCUCCUUGAUCGUCCAUUUCCGCCGAGACUUCGUGUAAUGGCAUAAUUGUUGUCUGGUAUGUUUUAAAGAGAGGUGUAACGAACUCGCUUCCUCGCAUUGUGGGUUGGCGAGUUUUUGACACCGGCACAAAAACGCGCUUUGUCUGCACACAUGAGGUCACAGGUAAUUGGAACAAAAACAGUGAAACCCUAGACGACAACCCCAGCACUUUCUUGAAGCACUAUAUACCUGUGUAUUUCAAUAUGAAAAGUGGCCGCGCACACUUCCUGUAGGGGCAUUGCUGGAGUAUGAGAGCGAGAGCACUUUGUCUGUGCCGCGUGUGUGAGUAACAGCGUCCACCGUACUUUCCUAGGAUGGCGCUCAACAAGUGGACUUGGUUUAGCCGGCUAAAAUCCUACCCUGCCGCCCAUGUCUUUACGUUCCUGUUCCUGACCAUGUUGGAUCGCACAGAGGGGUAUUUCUUUGGACGAGUUCUACCGGACAUAAACUGGAAUCAGAACGACGAGAUAUUCCAGAGGGAGGGAGGGUACGUCCUGGAAGUGGACAUCGGCGACAAGCUCGACAUCAUCUGUCCCAGGCUGUUCAACCAGUACAACGUCAUGUACGAAGUAUCGCGAGAGGGUUACGAGACUUGCAACUCGACGGGCGGCAGGUUGUUGCUUCGGUGUAACCUGCCCGAAACGGACCUUGUUCUGACGGUCCUGUUUCAGGAGGUGAGCCCGUCACCGUUCGGGCUGGAAUUCAAAAAGGGAAAAGAUUACUAUUAUAUAGCUACCUCCGGUGGCACGUUAGACACAUUGGACAACAGAGUAGGCGGCAACUGCGAAUCUCCAACAUACAUGAAACUCACCAUCAGAGUAAGAGGAGAUCCCACGGAAAGAUCGGAGUCUACAGACGGCAAUUACGCCGGCAGGGGAGAUGGAGUAACAACGCUACCGUCCGUGGCCAAGAGCGCCGACAGGCGGGUUAAUUCGGCAUCGCAGCUUAGACGGAGCGCGCUAGACUUUGUCUCACUCCUACUGACCGCCCUGUUGGCCACAGUGUUCGGCACGUUGAGACUAUAGCAGUGUAGACUGAGAGAAGAUUUAUUAUUGAGAGACUUGUUUUUUGAAGACUUGAAUCCACCGUCAUCGCAAGGACUAGAGUGCAAGUUGAACAAAAUCGACUGUUGGACAAAUUUCACCGCCACCAAGAAAGGAAAAAAAAAUCUCUCAGAGAAUCUGGAUUUCGUCUCAACCAUCGUGAACUCCAGACAGGACCAUAUUUUGAACAAAGAAUGAGAUAGAAAUUUUCUAUGAAAAUGUGUUAUUUAGCGGAUAUAGUUUAAGACAACAGCAGGAUUCUGUUGUGGCUAACGUGUGUGUAAACGUCCCGAUUUUCCAGACACGAAGUUUUUUGUACCUUCAAGUGACAGUUGUAAGGGAAGAUUUAUUGGCGGACCACCCUCGCCAAGGCCGUUAGUAAUGGUAUUGAUUUAACGUCGAUAUCAGUUUCCCACACACAAAACGGUUGGUAGAGUGUGAUAGAUUAUCAAUGACAGCAUGUCCCUACCAACAUGGCGUCAAUUUGUCAACAUUUGCCAAUCACCAAGCAGAUCCUACGGUAGCAUAAGAUAGUAUCAAAAGCUGUCAGAGGAGUGAAGCCGUCCUAAGAGUGUGUUUGGCUACCGGAGUGGCUGAUGACUCCAUUUGUCCAGCUGUACUCCUUAGCCAGCUUUGAUAAUAUCUUAUGCCACUGGUAAAUCUGCCUGGAGAUUAAAUAUUUACCGUUUCAUGCAAAACAGAGUCAAAUUCUAAACAAAAAAGCGUUACCAUAUCCACCCUUCCAUCGUUGUUUGAGAAAUACAAGCGCCACAUUGUACCACAAUUAUCGUCAGUUAAUUCUUAGAUCAGUCUAUUUUUGAAACACGAAUGUCAAAAUUUGCCAACAAACGCAAUGUUCAACAUUAUCUCUUUCUAUAUAUUAGAUAGAAACAAUUUGUGGAAAAUAUUUGAUGAUUGUUGGUACGACGAAAGAGCUGCUGCUUCUAGAAGAGCUUUUACAGCAUUUUCUUGUGAUAUUAUUUGAUGUAGGUAGAAUAUCCAUACUUCGCAAACCUUGUGUGUUUUGGAAAUCAAACAUAAAUAUGCUAAUGAAUUCCGUGUGAUUACCCAAAUGCCAUUACUUGUCGACAAUUCUAUUGAAGACAAUGACAGCUUAAAAACAAUUUCCCCUUUUUUCUCCCCGACCCUUCAAUUUUUUUAUCAAAUUUUCGACGCUGAAAAAGUAAAAUGAGCACUGAAAACAUGACAAGACCCCUGGCGAAUUCGCCUAGUAUCGUAGAUUCCCAAAACGAAACAAAAAUUAUUUUGAGGAAAAAAUGUAGAAUUUUGACUGUAAAAAUUUACCAAUUUUAUCAACUCAAUAUCCCUCCACCCCCAAUAUGUUUAAAUGACAUAGACGACGCGGCCCCUUGUUGGGCUGUGAUCAAAUUUGCUCUAGCUAUAAUAUUUGAUGACAGAAAAUAUUUCUGGAAGAGAGUGCUGUGUGCUAUCCAAAAUAUAUCAAAUUACAAGUCGACUGACUCAAACAUUCCAUCAAAACCAUUUUAAUUGCAUACCCAGACAGUCACCGUCGUAUCAAACUUUUUUUUCCUAUUACGGAUCCGUAAUUGUUCUUAUGAAGCCUAAAUUAUGCGCUGGUCCCAUGAUAUACUUUAUAGAUCCCAAAAAUAUAUCAUAGUUAAACCAAUCCUCAUAUGAAAUAUCACAUGUGACAUCUAUGAUUGUACUUCUAUUGUAGUGUAGUAAACCAUCCUGUGCUAUUUUUAGUUGAAUCUGCGAUCCCAUUUUUCAUUGCUGGUAGAGAAUUAUUUGCUGUGUGGUCUUUCUUUGUUGUACCCAAGAAAACAAUGUGUCUGAAAUUGUAUUCGUGUGCAGAGGCGUCGCACACUAAAGUGCAGUACGUAAUGUAAGGAAAAUAUCGUCUGUACACACGAGUGAUUCUGUAAAUAUCUGUCGGAUUUGUUACGCUGCUGUGUUAUGUUGUAAGUUGUGUAAAAUUGACGAAGAUCUUAAGAUAUAAUUCUGCAUGUGGGGCGCACAGCUCCGCUGCAAUUUUUGCUUCAAAAGCAAUCUUGUACAUUUUGUACAGAACUCCAAAUAAAAUGUUUUACAGCUUA